UCUGUGUCUGAUCGCAACACACCCGGCUGUUUGGACUCGUGAUAGUUUCCUGAAUCUAAUCGUCCAAAACUGCCACUUCUGUGUACAGUAGCUAUGGACCCAGCAAAAUCCCAGAGUAAAGGUGUGAGCACAGGUACUACCAUCAUUGCAGUGACGUACAAUGGAGGCGUUAUCAUCGGUUCAGACUCGAGGGCCUCAAUUGGUGGGUCUUAUGUAUCAUCUAAGGUCAUUAACAAGCUGAUCCAGGUUCAUGAUCGGAUAUUUUGCUGCAUGGCUGGUUCAUUGGCAGAUGCACAACAUGUCACAAGAGUGGCCAAGUUUCAGCUGUCUUUCCACAGUAUACAGAUGGGGUCUCCUCCUUUGGUGAAAGCUGCAGCCACUGUGCUAAAGGAGUUGUGCUACAAUAAUAGGGAAGAUCUACAGGCUGGUUUCAUCACAGCGGGUUGGGACAAAAAGAAAGGGCCACAGGUGUACACAGUAUCAAUGGGAGGGAUGCUGAUUAGUCAACCCUUUACCAUCGGUGGUUCUGGUAGCACAUAUAUCUAUGGCUACAUGGACGCUAAGUACAAACCUAAUAUGAGCCAAAAGGAAUGCAUUCAGUUUGUUACGAAUGCUUUGGCAUUGGCCAUUGGCAGAGAUAACGUGAGUGGUGGCAUCGCUCAUUUGGUGGUGAUUACUGAAGGUGGAGUUGAACAUGUGGUUGUUCCUGGUGAUAAAUUACCAAAGUUCAGUGAUGAAUAACUGAUAAAAAUAAAGACAGCUAACCACUAAGUAACUACUGUGAUAUACUGAAAUGGAAGCGAGAGUACACUAAUGGAGUAUACUUAUUCCAGUCAAUUGAAAAAAAAAAAAGUAGAGCACCUGUGUAGUGAAUAAGAAGCCAUUAGGGGUACCGCCAUGUUCAACAUUAGAUUUUUUUUUUAAAUAAAACUUCUUUUGCUUAAAAAAUGAA